CUUCGCUGAACUGACAACGAUUUGUGGUCAAGCCAUGGCGCCGGGAGAGUACUCCAGAUGUCCACUCUGUGGAGGACGAGGAGAUUUAAAAAGCCACCAUUCGUCCAAAAUCUUCUACACCUUCAAUUGUCGUGAGUGCAAGUCCUAUUGGUCUGAGUUGAAGAAGAUUGAAGACAACAUUGAAGACAGAUCUGUGGAAGUGCAAAAGAAGAAAGACAUCUUGACGCGGAGCAUGGCUGACCUUGAGAAAAGGGAACAGAUGCUGCAAGAGAAGACAGUUGAGCUGCAGAAGAAUGAAGAAGAGUUUGCGCAAAACACACUAGAGAAGCAAAACAAGUUGACUGAGAGUUUGCGGGACAUUGAGGAAAAGGAACGUGUCCUGCACUGCAAGACGUCUGAGCUGCAGAAGAGCGAAGAGGAGCUUGGAGAAAAAGCCCUUGAAGUGCAAAAGAAGAAAGACAUCUUGACGCAGAGCAUGGCUGACCUUGAGAAAAGGGAACAGGUGCUGCAAGAGAAGACAGUUGAGCUGCAGAAGAAUGAAGAAGAGUUUGAGCGAAAAUCCCUCGAAACGCAGAGGGUGAAAACAGAGCUGGACAAGAACAUCCAUGACCUGCAGGAGGUUCGCACCAAGAAACUCGAACUUUUGGAAAAGGAGUUGCUGGAACGAAACGCUCUCGACCAAGAUUCGGUUCGUGUUGAACUUCGAGACCUGAAGGCCGUCGUGCAUGGGCUGCAACAGGAAAUGGCGAGGAUGGCUGCCUCCAGCUACAGCGACGCUUCCUCCGUCAACACCUUGGAAUCGUGGAUCCAUGUGGGCUCCACGAAGCCGUGUUGCUUCCACCCGGACGCCCACUUCAAGGUCUUCACCAGCGACGGUCCAGUCCUUGCCCCCGCCAGCAUGCUCCACCAGGGAGCUCGGGUGCAGUCUGCCAGUGGCAAAGUCGUGGAGGUCGUGAACCCGCCGGAGCAGCACCAGGUCGAUUCCGUCAUCGAGUUGAAAGCUGGCACUGCAUCGCUGGUGGUGAGCCCAGACCAUCGGGUGCUCGCUCCUGGCAACAAAACGGUGAAAGCCGAAGAGUUGUCGGAAGGCGACGUGGUGAUUCUGGAUGGAAUUCCUACCCCACUCAGCUCGUGCGAGCGCAAGACUGGGAAAACCUUGGUGAUCCGCCUUGGCUUCAAACCAGAUCUGCCUGCACUCAUUCCUGCAUCCUCCAUUUGGAGCAAGGGCUUUCGCAAGGUUCGCCGUGGCCUGAACAAGAAGGCCUCCCAAGCGGUUUGUGACAUGUAUGUCACAGUGGUUGGUGCAGCUCCCAUCAUCCGCUCCCAGGCAUGGAGUCUCACUUCAACUGGUGAGGCCUAUCAAGAGUCUUCGACUUUGACUGAGGGCACGAUCUUCCCAAACUGUUCCUACCUGAAGGUGAGCAAUGUGACGGCGGAGGUGUCUGAGUGUUCCACCGUGGAUGUGGGAAGCUGCAACAAGAGCUUCGUGUUGCUCCACGGAGUCAAGGCAGUUUGUGCAGCCGCUGGCACUCCUGCAGGAUGCACCGAUAGAGGAGAUGCCUUCUGCUGUUACUCCACGAGUGCUGCACCACUUUGUGAUAAAGCUUUUCUCCGGGACAAACGACCUCGGAGAGUGAGGAAGUGUACAAAUCUGCGGCAGCGGAAGGCGCUAUGUCAGAGAUCCUUUGCUGCUUGGCGCAUUAUGCUCUGGGCUGGAUCUGAAGGGUACGUUGGAAGACCGAGCCCCUAUCUGAUGCAACAUCUUCGGUGCUAA